UGUCAAUAGUAUAUAAAUAUAUACACACUCACACUCUCACACACAGAGACACUCCUGCCCCGCUGUCACUCUGUGUGUGGAUUUGCUUGGAGCAGAUGGUCAAAUAUGACAUUCUCUGGGUGGAUUCUGGCUUUAUGUCUGGUGGCUUUAAAAGGACAAAGCCAUGCAACACAGGCAGAGGAAGGAGCAGGCAGCGAAAGAAAUUGCACCAUAGUGCCUCCAUACUUGCCUCCAACAGCCAUUAACACAACUAGGAGGCUGCAUGAACUGAGAGCAGUCAUGAAAACACACAGCAUCUCUGCCUACAUUAUACCUGGAACAGAUGCCCACCUGAGUGAGUACAUUGCCCCCCGAGAUGCCAGGUUGGCCUGGAUGUCUGGUUUCACUGGUUCUUCAGGCACGGCAGUUGUGACCCAAGACAAAGCAGUGUUAUGGACUGACAGUCGCUAUUGGGUUCAGGCUGAGCGCCAGAUGGACUGCAACUGGGAACUGGAAAAAGACAUUUCUAUCUCCAGCAUCACCAAGUGGCUCAUCAAAGAGCUCAAUGAGGAAGAUCAGGUGGGCUUUGAUCCAUUCCUGUUCUCUGUAGACACAUUUGAUGCCUACAACAACAACCUGGCUCCAGCUAAACGGAACCUCACAUCUAUUCCUGAUAACCUGGUGGACCAAAUAUGGGCUACACGGCCAUCUCUUCCUCCUGAUAACCUCACGCGCCUGCCUGAUGACUUCAUUGAGAGAACCUGGCAGAUGAAGGUGGAUCUGAUACGGGCUCAAAUGAUGAACAAUCCCUACAAGCCUACAGCUGUACUGCUCUCAGCUCUGGAUGAAACAGCAUGGCUCUUAAACAUGCGUGGCAAUGACAUCCCCUUCAACCCAUUCUUCUACUCCUACACAUUGCUGACUCUUGAUGAGAUAUGGCUCUUUGUGCACACUAAAAGGCUGACAGAAGAAAUUAAGGUCUACCUGAACUCAUCUUGCACCUUGUCUUACUGCGUACAGCUGUUUGAAUACGAGACUGUCCGAGAGCAUCUCAAGAAGUACCUCACGGAGCCCAGUGUGAGAGUGUGGGUGGGCACGGAGUACACUAACCAGGCCCUGUAUGAGCUCAUCACUCCAGAGGAGAAGCUCCUGCAAAGUGAAUACUCUCCAGUGCUGACCACCAAAGCAAUGAAAGACGAGACUGAGCAGAAAAUCCUUAGAGCAGCUCAUAUAAGAGAUGCUGUAGCAGUCAUGCAGCUCCUAUAUCAACUUGAGAGAACUGUCCCUGAGGGCAUGGAGACAGAGCUUACUGCAGCACAACUCGUCAAUGAGUACCGCAGUAUGCAAAAAUUCAGCAGGGGGCCAAGCUUUGAGACCAUUUCUGCAAGUGGACCUAACGCAGCUCUUGCCCAUUAUAGUCCAUCUAAUGAAACUGCAAGAAAGCUGACCACAGAUGAGAUGUAUCUCGUUGAUUCAGGAGGACAGUACCUUGAUGGUACAACUGACAUUACUCGCACCGUGCACUGGGGUUCACCCACUGAUUUUCAGAAGGAAGCCUUCACAAGAGUGCUUAUGGGAAACAUUGAAAUAUCAAGGACUAUCUUUCCAGCAGGAACUAGAGGUGUCAACAUGGAGAUGCUAGGGCGCAGAGCAUUGUGGGAAGUCGGUCUGAAUUAUGGUCAUGGUACAGGUCAUGGUGUGGGAAACUACUUUGGAGUUCACGAAUGGCCUGUUGGUUUUCAGUCCAAUAAUAUUCCAUUCCAGCAAGGCAUGUUCACAUCCAUUGAACCUGGCUACUACAGAGUGAAUGAAUUUGGAAUAAGGAUUGAGGAUGUUGCUGUUAUUGUUCCAGCUAAAACAAUGUAUGGCAAUAAUUAUCUGACAUUUGACACAGUGUCGCUGGUCCCCUAUGACAGAAAAUUGAUUGACACUUCUCUUCUCAGCCCUGAACAGCUCCAAUGGCUAGACACAUACUAUCUGACCAUCCGGUCUACAAUGGGUCCAGAGCUGAAGAGGCAGGGCCUGACAGAGAUCUAUAAUUGGAUGAUGGACAAUACAGAGCCGUUCCUGAAGACAGGGUCUUCAGCUGCCAUCCCAUCGAUCUCACUACUGCUGCUACUUCUGCCUAUAGCUUUACUGUAGAAUCACCUUCGAAUGUCCCACAGCAUCACUGUAAAAUCACCUAAGAAUGUCCCACAGCUUUACUGUAGAAUCUUGAAAAAAAAAUUGUCCCACAGCUUUAUUGUGCAAUCUCCUAAGAAUGUUACAAAGCUUUACUGUAGAAUCUGUAGAAACCACAUACAGCCACUAAAUCAUUCCUAUCAUUCUGUCCAUAACACAUCUGCCACCACUUCAGCACUACUCUCACAGUGCUGAUCAAGCUCACUUAGGCCAUUUCUGUCCAUCUUUGCUCACUCCCACUUCUUCACCCCUUUUUGUAAUAUUAUCAAACAGCCUAAAUGAAACUGGUAAUUAAAAAUGUCCACUAAGGCUGAAUGAAACAGACUUUUUUAUGGCCUUCAACACAGGAUAAAAGCACAGUAAUUUAAAUUCACUUCUGAGCAGUGAAAGGAGGCAAGAAAAACUGAUGACUCAUACCUGAAAAAGUCGAUUCAAUAUCUCCUGAGUAUUUUUAGCAUUUAACUUACCAUGAUAAUUAACAGAAAUGUGUGUGCAUGUUAGAUUUUUUCCAGUUCAGCAGACCUAGGCUUUUUGUUGUUGCUGUUCCAACCUAAAAUCAACUGCCGUUCUGUUUAUGUGUGUGAUGAAGUUGUUUGUAACGUAUAUGGACAGAGGGGUACAUCUGCUAAUCACUAAUGAUUUGAUAAUUUAUUAAAAUAAGCGUAUUUAAAAUCUG